UCUGUACAUUGGCGUAAACGUGCGCCACUGAUAGUUAAUGCUCUCGUUCGUUAGCGAGGUUAAAAUGACUGCAAAGUUGAAAAGCUGUGCUUUAAAUCCUCACAGACGGGACAUCGAGCACUGACAGCUCUACGCACACAACAAAAGGACAUUUCGCAGAGAAAUCAAAGCUCACUGGAUAGUGGACCAUAACCUUUGUCGGGUAUUCCCGAUCCAGGUAAUUGUUCUUCGUUUCCCGUGAACGCGCCGGUAGCUGAUGUCAUAAAACAGGUGCGCAUACGCAAGUUAACAACAGAGUCGCCCUAGGAUUACAUACAGUACGGAUGUACAUGUUUUUUCAGCCGUUUCAUUUAUCAACUGGUAUUACGCAGCGAUUUAAGGCUGUAUUAUUUGUGUUUGGCGGGAUAAAGUAGGCUGUCCUGCCUCGGACGGUCACGUAUUGUUUUUCCACGUCUUUCUUUCCUAGAAAGCGUUUGUUUGGAUCGUUUGACGCUUUCGUUUGAGGGCGAUAUUUGUCGCUACUACUCGGUUUAGGCAAUGAAGAGUCUUAAUACGUUCGCUUGAGCUUUUACAUGGACGACACUGAAUUCAUGAAUUUACACUGGGAUAUUUGAGAACGCGAGCGAUGUUGGCUCUGAAGUUUUGAAUACAUUUUCGACCAAGAGAUGGAAUUCGCACCGCUGUGCGUUACAGCGCUCUGAAUUGGAAAUAUAAGGAAAUAACCUGUUUGUUUUUAAAAGACUCAAGGAUUAAACAUGUCCAAGACCCUGAAAAAGAAGAAACAUUGGUCCGGUAAAGUGCAGGAGUGUGCCGUGUCGUGGGGUAACGCCGGGGAGCUCAGCGCCGUGCUGGAGAUAUGCGGCGGAGCCGAGCACGGAGAGUUCCCGUACCUGGGACAGGUGUUGUCGGACGCGAUCGUGUGCCAUGUCGGCCGGUUGCCCUGUCCGGGAGACGUACUGCUGGAGGUGAACGGCACGCCUGUCAGCGGACUGACAAACCGAGACACCCUCGCCGUCAUCCGCCACUUUCGCGAGCCACUCCGUCUGAAGACUGUAAAGCCAGGUAAAGUGUUGAAUACAGAUCUGCGUCACUACCUCAGCCUGCAGUUUCAGAAAGGCUCCUUGGACCACAAGCUUCAGCAAGUGAUCAGAGAUAACCUGUACCUGCGCACCAUUCCCUGUACCACAAGGCAACCUCGUGACGGGGAGGUUCCAGGAGUGGACUAUAAUUUCAUCAGCGUUGGGGAGUUUCGUGUGUUGGAGGAGAGUGGACUGCUGCUGGAGAGUGGAACCUAUGAUGGUAAUUAUUAUGGCACCCCAAAGCCUCCAGCAGAACCCAGCCCAGUCCAGCCAGACCUGGUGGACCAGGUUCUGUUCGAUGAGGAGUUUGACACAACACAGCGCAAACGCACCACCUCCGUCAGCAACAUGGAAAGAAAGGACAGCGCAGCUCCCGAGGAAGAGGAUGAGGAUGAAAGGCCACCUAUGGUGAACGGACUCACAGAACACAAAGAGGGACCCGAGUGGAGGAGGGCUGUGCCCAGCUACACUCAGUCCAGCAGCAGCAUGGACUUCCGCAACUGGAACAGCCUGCCACGUGAUGAGAGCCAAGAUCCUUUACCCAAAAACUGGGAGAUGGCCUACACAGAGACGGGCAUGGUCUACUUUAUCGAUCACAAUUCCAAGACUACAACCUGGCUGGAUCCACGACUGGCAAAGAAAGCGAAGCCGCCAGAAAAGUGUGAAGAUGGAGAGCUUCCAUAUGGUUGGGAGAAGAUUGAAGACCCGCAGUACGGGACUUAUUACGUGGAUCAUAUCAAUCAGAAGACUCAGUUUGAGAAUCCGGUGCUGGAGGCCAAGAAGAAAAUCAGUCAGGAGUCUCCAUCCAUCCAGCCAACAGCAGGGACCACAGAACCAACACCCACAAAUGAAGCUGGUUUGAGGGGAUUUACACGGGACCCAUCUCAGUUGCAAGGGGCCAUUCUGCGAACAACGCUGAAGAAAAGCCUGCAGGGCUUCGGGUUCACCAUCAUCGGUGGAGAUCGACCAGACGAAUUCCUGCAAGUGAAGAACGUCCUGAGAGAUGGACCGGCUGCGCAAGAUAACAAAAUUGCUUCGGGUGACGUUAUUGUAGACAUAAACGGUGCAUGCGUGCUGGGCAAGACCCACGCAGAUGUGGUGCAGAUGUUCCAGUCCAUUCCCGUGAAUCAGUACGUAGACAUGGUGCUGUGCCGUGGGUACCCGUUGCCACCAGACACCAGUUCCAGCGAGGAGGGCGCAGGGGACAUGAUGGCCGGUAUGCCAGGGUUGGAUGGUCAUUCAAACGGCACACCCUCCCCGCAGGAUCUUCAUUAUUUAAACACUGAGGGAAGACACCCAGCUGCAGUAAUGCCCAAUGGCCGUUACCCGGAUGCUGGGGAGACCACACUGCUGCAGCCAGAGCUGGUCAGCGUGCCUCUGGUGAAGGGGCCAAGCGGAUUCGGCUUUGCCAUUGCGGAUUGUCCGCUGGGUCAGAAGGUUAAGAUGAUUCUGGAUGCGCAGUGGUGUCGAGGCCUGCUGAAAGGGGACGUUAUAAAGGAAAUAAAUAGGCAGAAUGUACAAACGCUCAGCCAUGCGCAGGUGGUGGACAUCUUGAAAGACCUGCCUAUGGGCAGUGAGGUCAACGUGCUGGUGCUCAGAGGAGGUCAAACAUCUCCAGUGAAGUCUCUGAAACCUAUAACACCUGCUAUACCCAUAACCCAAAAGCAGGACAUUCCCACCAGCUCCAUCAGCACUGAAACCCCAGCUCCGGCUGAGCCCGCCCCACAGUCCCUCCCCUUCCCACCUCAUGUCAUCCGCUCCAGCUCACCAAAACUGGACCCGUCUGAGCUCUACCUCAAGUCUAAAGCCCUGAUGGACAGCAAGCCUCCUAACACUAGAGACCUGGAUGUGUUCAUCAAGAGGAACCAGGAGACUGGAUUUGGGUUUAGAGUGCUGGGUGGAGAAGGGCCGGAUCAGCCAGUCUACAUUGGUGCCAUCGUACCUCUGGGCGCCGCUGAGAAAGACGGACGAUUGCGGGCCGGCGAUGAGCUCAUCUGUAUCGACGGCGUUCCAGUCAAAGGCAAAUCUCAUAAACAAGUCCUGGAGCUCAUGACCAACGCUGCCCGCAACGGCCAGGUGAUGCUGACGGUGCGCAGAAAGCUCACUUUUCCAGGAGAAAGAGAGGAAGAUGACACCGCACAGCUUCAGGGUCCACAAGCCCCUGCGCUAGUAAACGGCUCACCUAAACCACCUCACAUCGAAUUGCCCAGCUACAGUCACCCUCAACCCUACGACGUCACCCUGCAGCGCAGAGACAACGAAGGCUUUGGAUUUGUCAUCCUCACAUCUAAAAACAAGCCUCCACCAGGAGUGAUCCCCCAUAAGAUCGGUCGUAUCAUAGACGGCAGUCCCACCGACCGCUGCGGACGUCUCAAAGUGGGCGACCGCAUCUCUGCCGUUAAUGGCCAGUCGAUUAUUGAUCUGUCACACAACGACAUCGUCCAGCUUCUCCAAAAGCGCGGAUGGAGUUUAAAAAUGUGUGUCCGCCACGCUCAUAAUCCUAUUUAUUUUUCAGAACACAGCAGCCCCCCGUCAGCCACCAGUUCAGCAAAGCAGAGCCCAGCCACCCAACACAGAGCUAUGGGACAGCAACCCGUCAGUCCAGAUGACAGGAACGGCACGGAGACAGAGGACAGGAAGGACAUGGCCCGAGCCGAAUACAAAUCCCUGCCUCAGGGUGAGAUGGGAACUGUCACCUCAGGGCCGAAGCAGGGUUGCUAUCCGGUGGAGUUGGAGAGAGGACAGAGAGGUUUCGGAUUCAGUCUGCGGGGAGGGAAGGAAUAUAACAUGGGUCUCUUUAUCCUCAGAUUGGCUGAAGACGGUCCUGCUCUUAAAGAUGGCAGGAUACACGUAGGAGAUCAGAUUGUCGAGAUCAAUGGUGAACCCACACAGGGCAUCACACACACACGGGCUAUUGAGCUCAUCCAGGCUGGAGGAAGUAAAGUCUUGCUGCUUCUGAGACCUGGACUGGGUCUGGUGCCUGAUCACAAUGUUAAGGAUAUGACUACAGGUUCAUCUGCAAACUCUCCACGCUAUUCUGCAUCCAGUGAACCAUCAAUACCAGCAUCUCCAUCCCCCGUUUCUCGCUCCGAGAUAAACCCAUCUCCAUAUGAGAUCUUCUAUGACCCGAUGGCUGCUUCUCACGGGCUCCAACCACAUUAUAGAGAUGCCAUACAUCAAAAUAAAACAAAUGACUCAAGCAUGCCUCGUGACAACAACGACAACUUUGCUAUGUACCGAACACUGGAAAGACCACGCUCGGAUGAGAACGAACGCUCGCGCAGUCCAAAAAAAUCUGAGAAGAAAAACACUCCAGAUAUGGAGAACAAGUACGAUAACCCUUAUGGGAACAGGGAGAGAGAUCGAUCCCCCAGCCCCAGGAAAGGUAAGAAGGAGCGGGACACUGGGAUCAGACAGGAAGCACCUCAAAAAGGGGUUGGGGGGCAGAAGCCUAACUCUGGAAUGAUCAAAGAGAGGAGAUACAAGGAAGAAGACACUAUGCAAAGGCAUGACAGGGAAACCGGAGAGACGAAGCCUGACGUCAGAUACCAUAGGGACGAGAUAGCUGAACCAUUGAGAUCUGGUUUCGAGAGCGGUACCCUUGGCAGAAAGGACCCUAGAGGAAGAGAAUGGGAACCGAACGAGAGCAGAUCCGAAGGGAAAAGCGGACCUAGGGGUUCUAGCAGUGCUUCUCAAGAGACUUCCCACAACGGGAAUCCUUCCAGCAAGAAAGCCCCUAUAACCCCAGGACCCUGGAAAGUCCCAAGCUCUGCCAGGAUUCAACCUCCGGUGCAUGGAGUCUAAUAAGUUUAAGGGUGAUCAGAAUUGGCAAAGCAGUUAAAAAACAGAUUCUUGUGAAUCAGUGUAAUUUUUCAUUUUUGUAUGAUUCUUAUCAAAUUGCAUCUACACUGUUAACAUGCAUUAUUUUAUUCAGUGUUCGGAAAAUACUUUUUGCUCGUCUAAGAUGGUCCAAUUGUCCCAUCUACAAAAUAAGAGCCAUCGGUUUUGUUUUGUGCCAAUCGGACUGCAGUGAUGUCGCCCUGCUCCUGUGAAUCGCGUUAGGUGUGAUGAAGUUGGCUUAAAAAUGAAGGAUGUUUUUUUUUUCUGUGAAGGUUUAAAACUGUGGUGUGUACAGUCUGUUACUCUGUAUUAAUUCUUCAGCAUGUCCGUACAGCUUUUUAAUUUCCCAUGAUUCUUUGUCUACAAGAUCGAGUCCAGUCAUAUGUUCACUUUGUGUGUAGGCUGUGCAUUAAUCGGUUUUGCACUGAAUGAUCAUUUUCUUUUAAGAUCAGCACAUAUCCAUCUUUAAAAGACCAGACACUUGUGGUUAAAUAUGUUGUUUACUAUCUGUGAGUUUUUAUGAAGACGCAUAUGUAAUUUGUUGAAAUUAUUACAAUAUAAACAUAUACUGUAUAUGUAUAGAUAUUUGUAACCAUUCUGAGCCAGAUCACUUAUUAGUGUUCCAGCUUGCUGAUAAUAUCUUAGGCUUCAUACCAAGUACAGUUUAAAGGUAUGUAUUUUUUCACAGUGCUGUAGCUUUUACAGUUAUUCUCGGUGGACCAUUUAGCAAGGUGUGUACAUUUGGGGUAAAUUCAGGAUCAUUCGAGUGAAGCUGAAAUGGGAGAAAAUCAGAUAUAUUUUUUCAUACUAUCCAAUCGAACAUAUAUUAUUUUCCUAUUCUCUUAAGCACAUUUCACUUUUUGAUCAAAUAUAUUUUGACACCUCAACAUGGGGAGUUUAUUUUCAUUAAGUGUCUUAACACAUCUGUACCUUACAGAUCAUCCUAUCAGAUGCUCGUCUUAUACCCAAGGGAAAUGUAGCUUUCUUUGUCAUCACGUCUAGAUACGUUUCAAGAUUGUCCUGAAACGUAUUAAACAUGGUGGAUUUUAUUUUUAUAAACUUAAAGGGAUAGUUCACCCAAAAAUGAAAAUUUUUGGUCAUUAUUUCUACAUCCUACGUGUUUUUUCGUUGUUGUUGUUGUUUUUUAUACACAAAUUAUGACAUAUUUUCAUUUUUGGGUAAACUAUCUAUUUAAGAUACAAUGGUUAUGCUAUUGAUCUUCCUGUGUCUGAUAUCUUCUAUCAUAACAGUAUUUUUUUAAAAGUACAGCAAACAUUGAGUCUCUUAUGGUCAUAAAUGCAUCAGUAAAACAUUACAUAUACUGCAAUGACUGAUUCAAUGAUUUGUCAUGAUGAAAAAAAUGUGAAUACUUGCUUCUUGAUCAUUAAUCUCUGCUGUUUUUGUAGCUUGUUUCUCUAGUGCAUCUCAUGUCAUGAGGUUGUAUGUAUGAUACUGUGGCCUUGCAUUGCUUUAUCUUACACAAAAAGCCUUGUGGUCUCUACAUUGUGGUAGUUGUAAAUGUUUAUAAAACAAUGUACAGCACCUGUAAAAAAACUGCUUUCGUGAGGGGAAAAAGAAAUAAAAUCUAUAAAUCGCUCCAUUAUUUUUUUAAGUAAUUGAGAGUAUGAGCAUAUAUAUAGAGAGAGUGGUUACAGAAAUGAAUCUGGUCAUGAUGGUCUGUUCAUGCACUGAUAAAUAAAGAUUUACUGAUAUAAAAA